GGGAUUUUUUUGUCAUUUCUCCUCCGAAUGACACAGGAAGAGAAAUGGGAACGGCUCUCCUUCCCUCAUCACCCCCUCUCAUCUGCUGCUCCACCAACGGUCACAAAGGCAGGAGGUUUGGUGGGCCACGCGCCAAACUCGAGUUCAAUGGCGAUGAUCCAUUUCUCCAAGCAGCCAUCAGAGCCGCUUCUCUUCGUUUCCAAGAGACCCAUCGCCCAGACCCUCUCUUCAUUGAUCCAUAUGUCAGUUGCUUUAUUCCUCCAUCCUCUGGUAAGAAUACAAAGCAAAUCUCGGCAUCAACGGCAUCUCCAUGCCACUAUUGCCUAGCAACUAAGUUCAUUGACGAUAAACUGCUUAGCACUGCAAAUCAUAUGGAUGGUGUGAGGCAGAUUGUUUUGUUGACAGACGGUAUGGACACCCGACCAUAUAGGCUCAAGUGGCCGCAUUCAACCAUAAUAUUUGACAUUUCUCCAGGAAGGAUUUUCACAAUAGCAUCUGAAAGGCUCAAAGGUGUUGGAGCUAAGAUUUCAAGAACUAGCAUGUUUAUCCAUGUCCCACUGGAGUCGCAUGAUAUACAAGCAAUCUUGCAGAGUAAAGGCUUUAACGGUAACAGGCCGAGUAUAUGGGCUCUCCAGGGACUACCAGUGAUGACAUUAGCGAGCUUCAAAGAAAUUAUCUCUGUUGUUAGUAGCUUAGCUAUGAAAGGAAGCAUUUUUUUAGGAGAAAUGCCCUCCUGGUUGGCAAAAACUGAAGUCGGAAUAAAGGUCGGUCUGCUAAAAACCCAUAAUAGGUUGUUGGUAUUUAUGUCCUUGCUUUUAAUCUAUGUUUCAGUACAUGGUCCACCUCAGUCCAAUACGCAGAAAUGGAUGGACAAGCUUUUCAUGAGCAAUGGUUUCCGGUUGGGUGUGAUUGCCUACAACGAUGUUGCAAAAGAUGUGCUCCGGGACCCGCCAUCAGGAGAUUAUGGGAAUAUACUUUUUGUCGCAGAACAGUUGCAGCUGUCUGAUGAUCAGAUGGAGAGUUGGAGGAGAGAAUUCCAAAGGAUGGAGGAAGAAGGAGAUGAAGAUGGGUUUGAGGAACUCUAGCUCCAAGAUUGGUAUUUUUGAACAAGGUUAUUGAUUUGAUCAUAUCUGUAUAUUAUUAUUAUUAUUUUUUUUUAAAGACUAAACACGGUGCUUGUUUUUAGGCUUUUUAUGUCAGUGUUUUUUUCCAUCUUUUUGUUGAAUUUUUCAUAACUUUGAAGAAAGAAAAUAUCAGAUAUCGCAAUA